GGUGUUUCUUUCGUGUUUUCUUGCGUGUAUAUUUUUUAAAUAACAAGGGCAUUGUUAUUUAGGCUGACUGUUGUUUAUAUAAGUGCGAAAAAUAAAUAUACAGCAACUUAUGUUGUGCAAUGCUGAAAAUUGUUGAUACGGAAGAUGCAAUUACAACUGUAUUCGACGCAAUAUAAUAAAAAGAACAAAUUUACGUAUCAGGAAAAUGUAAAUUUUGUAUAUUGAUGCUAUGUAUCGUUUAUGAUAUACACAGUAUCGUUUACAUGCGCAUCUAAAUCUGUGACGGAACGCACGAGUGAAUGUAGUCUUUUGGAUUGUUCCAUCUAAAAAUGGAACGAGGCAGUUGAAGCGGAUUUGCGAUGACCACAGCGUGAUCGUGUACAGUCGAGUCCCUGCAGUUAUGUAACGACCCUAGCGCGUCACCAUAAGCACGUGCAUUUGUUGCACGCGGCAUUUCACGCUUCCACGUAAUAGGAGAUCGCGCACGCGGAUGUUUAGCGAGGCCUUCUUGCCCCCUGUUUCCUAGCAACAUACUGUUGAUACUCCUGACCACCCCCAUGGACAUAAUAAUAUUCCAUUACAACAUAAAUGCAGUAAAGUGGUUGCUAGGAGUUGUGGCCAUAAACAUUACACAGUUUGGACUUUGAUCAAUUAUUUAUCCUUAUGGCGCCAAUGCGCGGCGACCGUGGCGGUUCCCCCCCUCCCGCUCGAGGCGCCCGCGCCUCCCUGCCGCUGCCCCGGCGGCUCAUCCGACAGAUCGCAAGACACGUCGCGUCAAGUGGCCGGUCGCUGCGCCGACUCGAGGUGUCGGGCCGCGUCAUAGACAACUUCGACGAUAUCGACGACGUGUCCGACGAGUCCGACAUGGAAACCCCGCAACCUGCCAGGGUCGCGUGUGGUGGCAAUGCAGGCAACCUACCCCCGGCGUACCAUGAUGAUGAGCUCACAAGUCUGAGCUGGUUGCAGGACAGGAAUUUACUGAGAGGUAUAAAUCUUACAACGAAAAGUGAUAUCGAGGAUCCAAGAAUAGUGAAACAUGAAGUUAUAAUAAAGUGUGAGUCAAAGACACCGCCUCCAGUAGCACGUGUUCCCUCCCCUCCCCGCACCCCAUGCAAGACGCCCCCUUCACCCCCCACGACGCACACGAAGCCCCCCUACUCUUUCUCGUGUCUCAUAUUUAUGGCCAUCGAGGCGGCGCCCACGAGAGCUCUGCCCGUGAAGGAGAUAUACGCCUGGAUCAUCCGACACUUCCCGUACUUCAAGAACGCUCCACAGGGAUGGAAGAACAGUGUGCGGCAUAAUCUGUCAUUGAAUAAGUGUUUUCAUAAGGUAGCUGCUGUGCCUGGCAUUGGUAAGGGAUCUCUAUGGACUGUAGAUCCACAGCACCGCAACACACUCCUACAGGCCUUCGGUCGUCAGCCUGUGCCUCCAGUGGAAGCUGAAGUGCCAGAUUCCGGGGGGAAGAACACUCCCGAUCCCCAGCUGUUCCCGUACCUCGCCCGGCGGCUGGCGGACGGCAUCAAGAUGGAGCCGGGUGCUGAUGAGUACCUGGCCGCCGCCUCCGUGCUGGCCAUGAAGUAUGGACCCGCUGUAUUGGACCAGCUGCCACCCGAAGCGCAUUUAGUAAUAUCGCGGUGCGCUCGCGACGAACACUCGUACAGCGGCGGCGAAGAACGACGGACGGCCGAGGCGCUGCUGAACCUGGCCGGAGUGACGCACCCCGCGCUGAGCUAGCGACCCAGCACUGACCACUGCUUGUUUAGAGUAACACAUUGACACAUUGACACUUACAGUACAAAACCGUAUAAUUCUCUAUGAAAACUUACCGUCGCAGGCAAUGACGUUCUAUACACAUAUAAGGACAUGAUAUCAUUCGCAGGGUGAAAGCGGAACGACAAAAGUAAAGACAAUGUAAUCAAGCACACUUUUCUCCUAAGUCGUGUGUCAACUGUCACUGUCUGAUUCAAAUUUGAACUGAAUAUGUUUUACAUUGCUGCUUAUUCACCAAGAAUAUUUUAAACAACUGGAGUAAAUCACGCAAUGUAUAGCUACAGCGUUUAAAUCUUAGUAUGUUGUAAUGGAUUGGUCCAUAUUUCGGCUUUGUUUUUAUGCGUGAUAUGUCUAUAUGUAUAGAACGGCUUAGUCGCGGCCUUGUAAUGCCCGCAAUAAUCAUAUUGUUAUAAAAUCACCAGACAGUCUGUUACAUUUACCUUAGUAAUCAGCGGGCUUGUUGAACAAGCUUAUCAUUUCGUUGUGUUAGAAUAAAAUCAUUAUACAGCGUAUAUCAAAUAAACACACAGGUAGAACUACUUAACCUAAUUCAUAAAUAAAAUACAUAAUUCACCUAAAUAAAUAAAUUUUCCAUAAAACCAUUUCGGAGCAACCUGUAAGAAAUCUAGUAGCCGCGCACUAGCGUAGGCACUGACACCUACUUCGUCCCGGCGAUAAGGGUGAUUAAAAUUUUGUUUCCUACAUAUAUAAUUUGUUUGAUAAUUUCAAUUUUUAUUUUUAGUUAUUUUUUUACGAUUAAGGUUAGACACCCGUGUGUUUAUUUAAUAUCGCCAAUAUAGCGCAACGAUGUAUAAAACGAAAGGUAUGCGGAAUAAAUUUACAAAACUUCCUGUGCAUUUAUCAAAACCCACAAUUCAAUUAAAAAUGUUUUUAGGCCUACAUCCUUUCUAUUGUCACCUUAAUUUUAUUUGAUACUAAAGCUAAGUUGUCUCUUAUUGAAACUAGCGGCCUUUUUUAAUAAAGCCGGAAAAAUAUAGUAAUUAAAUAUCUUGAAAAUUACUUACCUGGGUGAGAGUCCAUAUAACUAGGGACACACACAUAGAUUUUUAUAUUCCAACUAAAUAUAUGUACAUUGAAGUGUUAAUGUGACAUGACGAUUGGUAAAACCAUUCUUGGUUAGUUGGUAAAAUAGUUUAAAUGAAAUUUCAUAUUCACACUUUUGAAAACUUUAUAUUUAGUUGCCUUACAAUGUUGUUUUUAAAAACUGUGUUCUAAAACAUGUUUAUUGGUUUUAAUUGAAACUAAAAUUUGAGUUAUGAAAUGUAUAAUAAUUCAAGUAAUAUUAGUUGCAAUUGGCUACAAUAAUGUAGAUUUAAUUAAUCAUGAUAUUUGUGUGACAUUUUAUUUUAAUCUGAUGAUGGUUUAAGUAUAAUAUGAACUGUGUUAUUACAAAAAAGCUAAACAUGUGUUGAACGCCUGAUUUUAAAAAGUUCUAUUACAAAUCUGUGUCUUUCAGUUGUUUAGCGUUCAACAAUCUUUCCACAUUACUUAUAUUUUAACCAUAAACUCAGUAUACUAUCGUAAUAGAUAAACCCUGUGUGAAAGUGAGAUAGCUACCCUUAAAUGUGAGAUAAAAUCCUAGGUUGGGAAAGAGACGGAAUAGAUGAAGACCAUGAAACCGUUUUGAAACAAUUUAGUCCAUUAGUCUCCUGUCAAAUUGUACCGCGUUUUGAUUUUAGUGUUUUUAUUGUUAUUGGUCUGUGUUUUAACAGAUUAAUUUUAUUUAAUUAAAAAAUAUUGGUGUCGUGUUCUGUAUUAGAUUGUGUUGUAGGUACCUAUAGCAAGAAUCCAACUAAAGAAACAUUUCACUAACCACUAAUUCUUCAAUACUACUUUCGUUAUGUUCAUUUUCGUAGAACAUAUUCACUAGAAUACUAAAUAUUACAUUUUAUAUAAGCAGUAAACACGAUAUUUGCUAAAGAUUAUAUUAAUUAAAAAAAUGUGUCAAAAAAUAAAAUAUUGUAUACGUGAAUAUGAUGCCUUUUAUCAAUAUUUGUCAUAGAGAUCGACCAAAAGUAAAAUACUACACACUUCACUAACUCACUAGAUUUAUUGAUGUAGGCGUUACUUUGUGGAAAUCCAUAAAUAUACAAAUGAUUUGAGUUUUCUUUAGUGUUAAUUCUGCCAAUAUUUGUCUUUAAACAAUUCGACACGUGUUUCGCCACACAACAAAUUUUCAGCCUCUCAAAGAGUCUCGUGCCAGAUUUUGGCGAGACAACACGUCCUGAGGAUGCCUCGUGUAUAGGCGAAACACGUGUCGAAUUGUUUAAAGACAACUAUUGGCGGAAUUAACACUAAAGAAAACUUAAAUCAUUUGUAUAACUCACUAGAUGACAACUGACAAAAAUUGCGAUCCGUUCCUCUAAUUGUUCAUGUUUACUUGAGUUUAUGUUGUCCUUAGCGACUUUUUAGUUUAACACAAGCUGAACACUGUUUUGUAAUAGAAAAAGAUUAAUUCCAUUUUAGACGUCGUUAUUGUUAGGACAGUGACGUUGUUAUUGUUAGGACAGUGACGUUGUUAUUGUUAGGACAGUGACGUUGUUAUUGUUAGAUCACUGUCUAACAAUCUAAGCCUAAAACAUGUUUUUUUUUUUUUGUAAUAACACCGUAAAUUUUUAUUUUAUCAAGUUUAUCUUGUAAUUUAUUCUAAGAAUAUCUCGUUAUUUGCACGGAAAUCUACUUAUUUACAGAGAAAUGCAUUGAUAAAGUUAUGUGAAUGCUAAAAUUAAUAUUAUUAGUAAACGAAAAUUACUUGGUAAUUGGUGGUGUAUGUUAUGGUAUUUAUUAUUUCUUAAUAAAUUUUUAUUUUGUCUUCCUUUGUUAGUUUAAAGCCGUCACAUAAUAUACAAUAACAUAAUAUGCAGACCAUUAUUUUAUUAUAUGCAUAAAAUUAAAUUCAGUUUUACUAUAAUCAAAUUAAAUUGAAACCAUUUGGGCAAAGCCUUAUAAUAUUUAAGUAGUGGAAACAACAUAUAACAUAGUUCUAAGAACAAACUAACCACAAACUGUAGAGUGAUAGUUUAUUAUCUAUGGUUGCCUCUUAACGUACAAGUUUACCAUUCUAUCUAGUCCUCACAAUUCAGUAAAUAUACGAGAUACUUUUAAAUUAAUUUUUUUUAAGAUAAAUAUUCUAUUUGGGAUUUGUAUUUGAAUAUAGAUAUCAUUUACUCAAUAAUCUACAUAAAUAGAAUAUAAUGGUGAUGUGUAAAAUACAAAAAAUUAUGCAUCUUAAAUAUAAUUAUUGAGAAUACCACAUAAUAAUACUUAUUAUGUAACUUUUUGGUAUAUUUUUGCCCAAUGAAUUCAUGCCUUUCUUAGCUUGCCUUGGCAUUGUAUCUUAUAUAUAGGUAAAAAUUGUUUUAAUAUCAUAUUAAUAUUUAUAAGAAUAAUAAUAAUUUACAGCCUGUGAUUGAUGACCACACUUUCACAUUGAAUAACUUAAAAUAAUUUAUAGAUGGGUUAUUUUAUAUUCAUGCAACUACUCGUAAUUGAGUUAGGUAUACAAUUAAUUCUACUUAAGAUUAAUUUUUAACUAUGUGAGAAGCGAAAGUAUAACAUCUGCUUCACUCGUAUUUAAACGCUUUUUAGCCAAGUAGCAAAUUUUUAAAGUGGACUACAUAUGUAUUGUCCAAUAAUUAUUAUAGUAUAAAUAUUUUCUUCUAAUUUAAUAAUAAUAUAAUUCUUUUUCCAAUGGCGUAACACGCCAAAUAUUUAUAGAAUGGAUAUAUAAUUACAAUUAGCUGAAUCUAUCCUCUUGAUAUAAUAGUGAAAUAUGAUAUUCUAAAGUAAGUGUUAAGUGCUCACGCGUGAAUCAUAUAUAUUAUUAUUGUUAAGUAUAAGGAUACAUAGCUCUAAGCUAAACUUUUGUGUUCACGGCUUUGUGAUCUUUCUAUUUAUUGUUUUAUUUCAGUGUAAGUGUGUAUUGUAGGGUAAGGGCCGGCUGAAUCUUUACAUGAUGUCACAUUGUUUUGUUAUUUAUUUAUCUAUAAAUUAUUACAGAUUAGUUAUAAAUAUUUGGUUGAUUCGUGAUUCGCUGUGAAACAUCAUAAGGGUAAAUCAACCUGAACUUGUACUCUUUUGGUGUUGUAUUAAUUACUACUAUGUGAAACGAAAUUCUUAAUUGUUUGAGAUUUCAACUAAUGUGGUUUCGAGAAUUCGCGGUGUGAGAACGUCCGCACUCACCACACUGGCACGAUGCAAAUUGUAAAAUAACUUCUUUAUUGCGAAAAGUCCUCCGAUAAUAGAUUUAAAGUUGUUUCAAUUAAGAAAGUAACGGUAAUUUUAAAUUAUGCAGUUACGACAAAAAUAUCUCGUUUAUAAAAGUACUAGUACUGCGGCAUUUUACCCCAGUAGGUGUCAAAAAUGGAAAUAUAAUUUUAGCAUUCGUUUCUGUUGUACUGUUUUCAAUCAGAAAUUUUCAACAUUUUCUAAAUUAAAUUAUUGUGCAAAUAAAUAAUAAUUAAAAAGAUUAUUCUAAUUUUUAACGAUAUAGUUUAAAUUGGGCUUUUGUCUUGUAUAUCAGAGAUGUCAGGCGUUAAGUAAGUCUAAAAUAUGUCGUUGCGAAUUUAAGGGUUGGUAGUUAGUUACUUUUUCGUUUCUUUUGACUUCUUGUAGAGACUAUAAUGUAUUGAACCAAUGUUGGUUCUGUGAAUAUGAUUACUAUUCGUUCUAUUAGUAACGUAAUAUAACGCGAAUAAUAAAAUGCCUCGUUCAGUAUCAAAAAUUGUUCAGGCUUACAACACAUAGAUAAAUAACGUAUUUUUUAUAAACAACGAUGUGUUAGGUUAUCGACAGUGUAAAUCACACGAAAUUGUGAGUGCUGUCGUUGUACAAGAAUAUAAUGUUGUAGAAAAUUUGUCUAGACUGAUGCAAUGACUGAUUCGUAAAGCAAUAUUAUUUAUUAGUGGAAAAUAUAACUAUGGAAAAUGAUUUCGCGAGUUCUAAAUUGUUUGUUUUUGAUUCUGUGCCAAAAUGAAAUCCUACUGCUACGAACGAAUCCAGACAUAUACCAGUAUAUUGUAGGUAUCUGUAAUAAAGAGUUAGUCGUAGUGAAUAAGUGAUAUAAUUAGUACAUAAUAUAAUGCUUAAAUGAAUUACAUUUUUGCUGUAUUUAGAAGCGUCUUCCAUGUUAAAUUUCUGUAGAAACAAUACGAAUGUACAGUCGUGGUGAAAAGUGAACGAUAACAUUUUAGAUAUAACUUUUAUCUGUGUUGUGAUGUGUCUGUGUCUACGGGUCUAGUGUAGUGCACUUUUCUUGACGACUGUCAGCCUUAGCCUUCGUUUCAAUGUUAUAAACAUAAGUAGACUAUUAUAGUGAACAUACAACAGCAAUAAUUAGUGAAUAGAAUAUCGCUCUUAGCUAUGUAACUGUGGUAUAAAACCGUUCUAUAUUAAGUUCCGGUCUUAGAAUAAUAGUAGGUACAUUAAUGCGUGACAGUUGAAUGUUGACAAGUGUCAUUCUUCGCAAAGCGGCCUUUCGAUGUUCGAGGACUUGAGCUGUGAUUGUGAUUUUAGUUUAUGGAUAAACUAGCCUGCGAGAAAAUAUAAAAAUAUAUAUCUCAAUGAAAUGUUUAACAAAAUAAGGCAAAUGUGUUUUUUAUAUAUUCUCGUUAGCUUAGUUUGAUACGAUUUUAUCAUUUGCAAUGUUCAAGUAUAAUAUCAUAGCUACGGUGUAUAUUUAGUAUCUAGGCAUAAACCGUUUUUCAAGCAAGGCUGUAAGCAAUGUUGCCAUACAAAUGUUUAUGCUUAUGAAACCCAUGAAGAAUUAUAUCUAAAUGAUAUUAAAAUUGUUGUACGGCUCAGUAAAUUAUAAAUGAUUUAAUUAUUAAUUUAUUUUAGUUAAGAUAAGUUAAAUUGUUAUACUUUCGUAAUGUAGUUAUUGGUUCGUGAAACGAAAUUCUUAAUUGUUUGAAAUUUCAACUAAUGUGGUUUCGAGAAUUCGCGGUUUGAGAACGGCCGCAUAAUGGCACGAUGCAAAUUUAAAAAUAACUUCUUUAAUGCGAAAACUUCUCCAAAAAUAAAUUUUAAACUUUUCCAAUUAAGAAAGUAACCAUUAUUAAAAAUUAGGCAGUUACAACAAAAACAUAUCUUGUUUAUAAAGGUACUAGUACUGCGGCAUUUUACCCCAGUAAGUGUCAAAAAUGGAAAUGUAAUUUUUGCUUUCGAAUUACGUGUUGAAAUUAAGAAAUAAUUUGUAUCGAGCCAUUUAAAAAAUGAAGUACCUAAUAUUUGACAUCAAAAAUUGUAUUUGAAGUAAGAGCCGACGUGAUGUUGUUGUUAAUAGUUUCGCCGCUUGCUGUGACACCGAUUUAUAUUUAUUGCUAUUGUUGGAACUUCUACCAAAAUUUUAUUUGUGAAUUAUUAAAUUGUCUCUGUACAUAUCUUUAUGAAUAAAUUAUGUACCUACCAAUGA